AUGACGGGACUUGUCAUGGUUACCAGAGGCGGUGGUUGCGGCGGGGGAAGUAAGAGAACAAGAGAAGCAGGGGUGGAGGAAGAAGAAGAAGAGCGGAAUCAGCUUUCGCUUGUGGCGUUAUUGUUGGCUGCGAUUAGGAAAUCUAUGGUGGCAUGCAGAGUGGAGAGGCCUGAUGAGGUGAUUUCGAGUGUUGGUCAGAUGGAGAUCGGAUGGCCGACGGAUGUUCAGCAUGUUACUCAUGUUACGUUUGAUCGCUUUAAUGGGUUUCUUGGGCUUCCUGUUGAGUUUGAAGUUGAGAUCCCGGGGCGUGUUCCCAGUGCUAGUGUAAGUGUGUUUGGAGUCUCAGCUGAAUCUAUGCAGUGUUCUUAUGAUUCAAAAGGAAACAGUGUCCCCACUAUUCUCAUGUUAAUGCAAGACCGUUUAUAUUCACAGGGAGGAUUGAAGGCUGAAGGUAUAUUUCGCAUAAACCCAGAAAAUAGUAAAGAGGAGCAUGUGAGGAACCAAUUGAAUAGUGGUAUUGUGCCUGAUGACAUUGAUGUCCACUGUUUGGCGGGACUGAUCAAAGCGUGGUUCCGAGAGCUUCCUUCCGGAGUGCUAGAUGGUCUUUCCCCUGAACAAGUUCUUCAAUGCAACACAGAAGAAGAAUCUUUUGAGCUUGUGAAGCAGCUUAAACCAACCGAGUGUGCCUUACUCAGCUGGGCUAUUGAUCUUAUGGCUGAUGUUGUCCAAGAAGAGGAACAUAACAAAAUGAAUGCAAGAAACAUUGCAAUGGUUUUCGCUCCAAACAUGACUCAGAUGUCUGAUCCUCUAACUGCGCUAAUGCACGCGGUUCAAGUGAUGAACUUGCUCAAGACGUUGAUAAUGAAGACCCUUAGGGAGCGUGAAGAAACAGCAACAGGAGGAUAUUCACCCAUGUCUUUUCGUACAUCAUUUCGCCAGUCCGAGGAUGAAUAUGACAGUCAGCGAGAAACAGCAACGUGUGGAUAUUCACCCAUGUCCCUUCGCUCAUCGUAUCCUCCAUCUGAGGAUGAAUAUGACAGCCAGCUAGAAAUAAACGCAAGCGGUGAAUUGAAAGGAACCAAAUCAGAUUUCAAUGAUCACACUCAUUACAGAAAUAGCAGCGAAGAGGUAUUGGAAGCUCAAUCUCUGAGUGCGAUAGAAGAAUGCUUCUUAAAACAGUUGGAGGAGAAUGUGGAUACCAAUGAAUUAUCAGAAGAACAUGUAGAUUAUUUGCAAGAGUGUGUGAGCUCCAAAAGUUGCUGUGACUAUAGUGCAGAGCCUGCCUUAUCAAUUACUGAUAGCAUAACUGUGAAUUCGUGCUUGAGUUCGGACAAAGAAAAGAUAAAUGCUGAUGCAAUGAUUCCGUUACUAGGGUGGACAGACACAGAUGAUGUGGAGAUGGUUGAUAAAUUCACAGAUUCGGUUUCGCCGGUGCCGCUGCUUGCAUCUAGCUAA